GAAGUUGCCCAAACUGAGGCUGCGCCGCCCUUCUUUCCCGCAAAAAAUACCACCCUAGACUCAAGAAUAUUAGAAUGGCAAUUCCACCGUCUGACGACGAGACUGCUCACGUCCUCCUUUCACCGGAGGGGGCACCAAGCGUCCCCCAAUAAAAAGUAGCAGCAAAGACGCGGCCGCGGUUUGGAAGCAUCGCCCUGGCAACGAAGUGCCGCCCACAGUUGCAUUGCCGACCCCCCCCGGCCGGCCGAGCCUGUUGCCGAGGGGGGCGCGGGAUCAGGGCCAGCGUGACAACACCCCCGCUGGGCAGGCCACAGCAGCCUCUGCUGAAACGCCUCUUCCCCCCUCCUCUCCCCUCCCCUCUGUCCUGGACGACGUUUCUCCCCACGGCCAAGCCGGGCCCCGGGAUGUUGGCCCUCGCCCUCGGGGGCACCCUCGGCCGCUUUCGCUGCUCUCCGCGAUCUUCCUCCCUCCCGGGCCCCGACCUUAGGCUCACCAGGCGGGCGGGCCGGACAAAUGCAUGGAGAUGGAGGAAGAGGAGGCUGCUCCCGCAAGCGGUUGAGGACACAGUGCUUCUGACGCCGGCUGCUGGAAACCUGGGAGGGCGAUGCUCUCGCGCUCCGGUCCUGCUUGUGGCAGUGUCCCAAAGCGGGCAUCUGGCCGGCCACUGAGCCGCUGGACGAGACGGGGCCUCCUUGGCCUGAGGCGGCGGCGCCCCUUGUAGGUUUCCACUUUCUUAGGUGAUCUGGUGCCAGCCUAAGCGGCUCGCCAGCGCGGCAGGACCUGAGGGAGGCUGCUGAAGGGCUUGGAGGGGCAGACGGGCGGGGAAAACCAGCCCAGCAGGGAGCAAGAGCGCCCUGGCCUGGAAGUCAGGCAGGGCGGCCAGCCGGGCAUUGAUGCUCCCGGCCCCGUUUUGCGGUUCCGUUGCUUUCGCCCUGUCCAGCCGUGCUGGGAAGAGCGGGAGAAGGGGAGGCUUCUUGAUGCCGCCGGCGGAGGCGCUCUCUGCCUCGUCCCUGGACCAGGACACCCCGAGCCGGCAGGAGAAGGAGGGGAAAGAAGCAGCCGGCUGGGGACUGCCAGCGCCAGCCUCUCUCCCGCCCUCUCACGGCGAGAGCGAAGUGGACCGGGCCGGAGAGGCGAGCCUCCCGGCGCAGCCAAUGCCGAGGCUAGUGCCAGGGGGCGGGGCGGGGCGGCACCGGAACCCUCGGCCUGCAGCGGCCCGGUACAGCGGCUGCGGCGCGCCCUCCAGGACCGAGAUGCCCUUCGCAGAGCUGGAGACGAGCCUUCCGGCUGCACAGCUGCCCCGCGACCUGCCCACCAAGCUGUGCGCGGCGGUGGCGGGCAUCUUGGGCAAGCCCCAGGAGAGGGUGAGCGCGACGGUGCGAAGCGACGCGGCCAUGGUAGUGGGGGGCUCGGCGGCGCCGGCCGCGCAGCUGCUUGUCUCCUCCAUCGGCGUGGUGGGCUCGGCGGAGCAGAACAAGGGCCACAGCGCCCGCCUCUUCGACUUCCUCACCCAGGAGCUGGGCCUGGCUCCCGACAGGAUCGUCAUUUUACCCAUUGGAACCCUGGCAGAUCGGCAAGAACGGGACAGUCAUGACUUUCUUCUGAGGGGGCCGGAGAGCACCAAGCUCUUUGCCUCUGCGGACCAGCCCCAGCCACCAGCUACACCCUCUUGGGACCCCCCCAACUGCUCCCAAUUCACAAGGGGGAGGCAGGAGGCACCCUGAGCCUGCAAAGCAUGCCUUGUUCACAAGAGAGCCAGCUGAGUGACAUCCUGUGCACAAUAAAACACCCUGGUUCACUG